AUGUUAAUAAUUGCAUUAUUUUUCAUCUCAAUUGAAUUAACUUUAGGAAAACUAAAGGUUAUAGGUCCAGAAGAAUUAAAAUAAGAAUUGGAUCAAAAAAAUGGAGAAAUAAAAUUUAGCAUAGCUAAUUUUGGGUAAAUGUUGAAUAAACAGCUCAAUAUAGAAAUAUACCUUGGGGUCGUAGAUUAAGUGGGACUCUUGAUAUUUCAGAUCCAAUAGAAGCAUGCACAGAAAUUAAUUAAACUGUGAAGAGUCAUUUUGUACUAAUAAAAAGAGGAAGUUGCUCUUUCGUAACAAAAGUUAGACAUGCAUAAAAUGCAGGAUAUUAAUUAGCAAUUAUUGAAGACAAUAAGGAAGAAAUAAUUGAUAAUAUAACCAUGUCUGAUGAUGGGACAGGAUAUGGAGUAUUUAUAUCAAUAUUAUAAGUUAUAAAUCCCUAGCAUUUUUAUAUCUAAAUCAGAUGGAGAGAUGUUAACAAAAUAUUUGAAGAUGCCAAAAGCAGACUUGGAAACAGAAUAAAUUCAAUUACUCAUCAAAUUUGAUGUUCGCUAAUAAGAAAAUAUAGAUGUUUUAUUUGCCCUCUCUAUUUCAUCAGGAGAAACAUAUAAAUUUUUAAGAGAAUAUCAACCUUAUUAUGAAAAAUUGAAACAUGAUAAUGGUAUUUUCUUUUGGAUAUAUUGCUUUUAUUAGUUAACUAUACUGUAUUGUAUCCAUUAUAUCAAAUUAUACCAAUUCCAGAUAGACCAAUUGAUUAUUAAAAUUGUAUAUCUUAUGGUAAAUACUGCUCACCAGAUCCUGAUAGAUCAGGUAUAGGAACAGGUAGAAUGAUAGUUGAAGAGACACUUAGAUAAUUAUGUAUAUUCAAUCUAACUAAAACAAAAUGGUUCGAUUAUAUGGUAUUUAUUAUUCAAAAUUUAGUAAUCUUUCAGAGAUAAUUGUACAUCAGCAUAAUAAUAUGAAACCUGUUCUCCUAAAGUUUAAUAAGAAGUUGGAAUCGACAAUCAACUUGUUGAAAAAUGCAUAAGAGAUUAAUAAGAAACUCAUACUUUUUAGAUAAAGAAUGAAACAAUUAAUUACAAAUCAAAUCAAUUUUUAGAGAAAUAAUUAUCAUUAUGGAAUACUGCUGGUGUAUAGUAAUUACCAGGGAUCAUAAUUAAUCAUUAAGAUUAUUUAGGAAAAAUAACUGGAGCAAAUGUUUUUUUUGAUAUUUGUUAUAGUUUUGAAACUCCACCUGAAUCUUGUGGCAAUUAUGUUGAUGGGUAUAUUUUUUAGCCAGAUUAAUCUCUAAAUCUUUAUCUGACUAUAGCUAUCAUUAUCACAGUUAUGGUCAUAUUUUUUGUGCUGCUAUUUUGUGUUUAUACAAAAAUAAUAAGGAGAGAAUUUAAGGAGAGUAGUUAGGCAUAAGUCAAUGAAAUGGUUUCACAAUAUAUUUAAUUUUAUGAAUCCAAAGAUAAGAAGAAGAAAGAAGCUAUAUGA